CCGGAAGUAAACAAUCGACGCGGAUAACCUCUGUUAUCUUCCAGUGACGUUGCCCCAUUUAAAAUGUCAAACUUUCAAUAUUUUGGAGGAUUAGAAGGCGGUGCCACACAUUCCAAGUUUGUGUUGUACAGAUCUGAUGGUCAGGUUGUUGCAAGGAGUGAAGGCGAGGGAACAAAUCAAUGGUUGAUUGGGCUAGAUGAGUGUUGUAGACGUAUACAUAGAAUGUUAUUAGCGGCCAAGGAGACAGCUAAACUUGAUGGAGGAGUACAGUUAAAGGCAGUGGGUCUGUCAAUGAGUGGGGCAGAUGAAAAAGAAUCUCAGGAGAAGCUUAUCAAACACAUUAAAGACUACUACAAGGAGGACUACGAGGAAGUAUUUGUGGCCAGUGAUACCAUGGGUGCUCUGUUUACUGCAACACCUGAUGGUGGUAUAGUGCUGAUUGCUGGUACAGGGUCCAACUGUCAGCUGAUCAAUCCGGACAACACAAUGCGACGGUGUGGUGGAUGGGGCCAUCUGAUAGGGGAUGAGGGAUCUGCAUACUGGAUCACACAGCUGGCACUCAAGCGUCUGUUUGACCAUGAUGAUAGUUUGAAUAUAUCCAACCAUAAUGUGGAGUGUGUUAGGAAAAUUAUGCAUGAAUAUUUUCAGAUCAAACAAAAUAGCGGCAUGCUACAAUACUUGUACAGCAACUUUGAGAAGUCAAAAAUAGCGGGAAUGUGUAAACAUAUUGCUAAAGGUGCAGAAGAUGGGGAUGACUUGUGUAUAGAUGUGUUUGCAGAAGCUGGCAAAGUGCUUGCUAAACAUAUUAUUGCUGUGGAACCAAGCAUACAGCAGAGUUUAUUGACAGGCAAAGGUGGAUUACAUGUAGUGACUGUUGGAUCUGUCUGGAAAAGUUGGAAGUUCCUUAAACCAGGUUUUGUUGAAGUAAUGAAACGUGAUCGUACAGAUCGAAGAAUCCACGAGGUGACUUUGUUAGCUUUGAAACAGCCUGCCAGUGUAGGGGCUGCCAGCCUCGGGGCUCGUGCUGCUAAAACUAGUCUACCUAUGGACUAUGAUGUCAAUGCAGAAGUGUUCUUCCAUGAAAAAUUUUAAUUUCAACCAGACUAGCUACUGAUAUUUAUGCAUAUAUUUCAAAAUGCACAUGACACGAAACUUUCUUUCAUUUUCAUUGAUAUCUUUACUAUAUGACAGAUGUUAAACUUUUUCCAUGUGGGCAACGUUGAAUAUAUUGUUAUUUCCCCUUCUUCGACCUAUACCAUUAUAGGCUGGGAAGGUGGUACAGAAUUUCUUUUUAUACAGUUUUUUUUGUUACAUUCCAAAUAAUAUACAUUUAAAAUAUUAUUUUAUGUGAUAAACAUUCAGUCUGUGCCUCCUGCAUAUUAAUAAUAGCAUCACUUUACAGUUAUAUACAGCUCUGUAUUAUAAAUACAUCUGUGUUUUGAUUUUAAAGUAUUGAAACUGUCGUAGGAUUCUUCCAGAUCUAUAUUAGCUUUUCUUUUUUUAUACACCCAUCUCUGAAAGAGCAGGGCGUAUUAUGUGAACACCCGUGGCAGCUGGCGGGCAGUGUCCAAAGCAUGUCCGCUCUCUAAUUCAAACAGUUUUCAUCCAAUCUUCACCAACCUUGCUGACAAUGUUUGUGGGCAUAAUAUCUCAGCCAAGUAAGAUAACCACACAAAUCGCCUUAGGCACUCUUGGAUUAUGGCCCUUGAAUUAGGCCAAGUUUGAUGACGGGCAUAUUUUGUGACAGUCUGGCACUCUUGUUUGUAAGUAGGUAGUAGAAGAGGAAACAAUCAGUACAUAUAUUUAACUUAGGCCUUAGCAACAAUCUUUCAUACAGAAUGAAAACUUUAGUCAUAGAGACAUACUAUAUAAAUACGUUUUUAAAAAAGAAAAGCUAAUCAUAGGCAGAAAUCAUGGAAAUGAAAAGUGAAAGAAAGGACACAAAGGUAAUAUUAGACUUUGAUAUUCAAUCAUUGAUUUUAUGUAAACAGAGAAAGCCAGUUCUUAUUGCUUCGCUUGACUUGGUAUGUUGGAAAUGCAGGUUGGGGGCCUCAUUAAGCAUACCUAGGUUCUCAUUUCUAGAACAGAAACUCAGGCACUGCAAAUAAAUAUGAAAAUCUACUUUCUUAAACAAGAAUUACCAUUCCUACAUAUAGCAAUAUUCAUCCAGAAUUGCCCUUUUCUUUGAAAAGUUAUAUAUAUUUACCAAUUUUCAGGCAGUCAAAAGCUGGAUUUCUAGACCAGUUUGUCAUUUGUCAGUGAGCCACUCAUAAGUUUGUCAUUCUUUCUAUAUUUUUCACUAGAAAGAAGAAGAAAUUGUUUAUCUUAUAUAUAUUUUCCAAGUAAAUAUUGUUAGCAGGACUAUUCCAUGUGUAUAUCAAUAAACUGAAAUUUAC